GCACCGGGCAGGGCUGCGCUGCUCCCCCUCUCCCCUGUGUUAACUCCGGCGUCUCCCCGCAGGCAGGCGGCCCUGGAGAUCACGGCGCGUUACUGCCGCAGCGAGAUGGAGCAGUACGGGCGGUGCGUGGCCGCCAGCCCGGCCUCCUGGCAGCGCGACUGUCACGGCCUCCGCCUCAGCAUGUCCCGCUGCGCCGCCGCGCACCCGAUCGUGCAGCAGAUCCGCCGGGACUGCGCGGAGCCGUUCGCUGCCUUCGAGCAGUGCCUGAAGGAGAACCAGGCCUCUGUCGUGAACUGCAGCGACCACGUCAACGCCUUCCUGCUCUGCGCUGACCAGGUGAAGCUCUCCACGUGAGGGGAGCCUUGGAAUUAAAAUUCAUCUCGAGGAGCAAAUGAAAAGUCUCUCUGGAGUAUUGUUCCAAUGUUUGGUUGGGUUGUUUUUUCCUCUCUUCAAAACGAAGCGCAGCCCUGCGAUGUGGUUUUCUUGGCUCUGGUCACCUGCUUGUCUCCAGCAGACAGCUGGAGUCUGACCGGGAUGUCAGAGCAUUCCUGAUCCAUCAGCACUCAUGUGCUGAUAGCGCCGGGCUUUGUCUGCUGAGUUACCUCUAAAAACUUUAUAAAAUAAAUAAUCUACAGAGCUGUGUUGAAGCGACACCAAAGGAUCAGCAGCAAGCUGCAGACGUGCUUGAAUAGGAACAGAAAGCUAAAAUCAGCCCUUACCUCUUUUUCUGCAGUCUGUGUUCUUUGACGGCUUCUUUGAUAAUUAAGCACAAUAUUUUCCUUCAUCCCAAUAAAAAAAAAAACCCAAACCAACACUUUUCAAGAUCCAAAGCCAGCUCUGGCUUUUCCCACUGCUGAUGGAAGCUGCUCUCUGAGCUGGACCAACUACAGGGACAUUUCUUUGACUGUGAAGGUCAGCUUGACCUACUUUAAAACAUCCUGUGCAGCUCCCAACUUUGGGGGUGCUGUGAGGGGUUGUCACCCCGGACCUUCUGCUGGUUUAGAACAGCAGAGGGAGUCUUCCCACCAGCAGAGACGGCAGAAAAACCGGAUUUCAGAGCACCGACUGCUCUAUCGACAGUGCAACAGGGAUCUGCCAGUGCAAGGGGAAGGGGGGGGCACCUCUUGUUAUUACACAGGGGAACAAAGAACCCAGCUCUAAGUAGAUGUUUCUGGGCUGUAACUAGUAGGAAAAAAAAACGAAUACAGAAAACAGUAGAUGGGCUUAUGAGGAGUGGGAGUGGGAUUGAGACCCAAGGUCAUGAGAGCACAUCUGCAGGGGGAGAGCCUUGGGGUGCUGUGAGCUGGGGCUCUUGGGUCUACUCGGGUGUACCAUGUCUGAAAAUGGCUGUAGAUCUGUUUAAUUGGCCCUGAGAAUCUCUCCCGGCAAAAGUUUAAACCUUGGAAAGUCCUUUGGGGUACUCGAGAGCAGGUUUGAGGAAAAAGAAAUGAGCUGUUAUGACCUAAUUAGACAAACACAGCUUCAGAGCAGCAGCUCUGCUGCUGUCCAGAGCAGGAACUUGGUCUUCCAGAAGAGUUACAGGGAACCAUAAACCAAAAUUUUCCCAAAGUGUGCAGGGAGCAGGUGACAUGCAGAAACUAUUGUGUACGGCGCCAGCAGAGUCUUUGUCUGAAAGUACAGCCCAGCUUUGCUGGGUCUGUGAGGGAUUUUUUGUACCUCUAAGAGAGGGUGAGGCAUGGACUGGGAAACUUGGCUUUGCCCUGGUUCCCAGGGGUUCAUACCCCCUUCCUGGGACACAUUAAUCCAUGUUUCAGCCCGGCGUAAGUCCAAGCAUUCGCCUUUGAGCCCGUGGUGGUUGGCAGACGUCGCUUGGCAUUUUCCAGUUGGACAGAGUUUAACUCCUUUGGGGAGAGGAACAGCAGAUUUAAGUUGAGCUGUUCCAGCUUCUAGCAGAGCCCAGAUCAGAAAGCUGGCUGGCGGCGUUGCUAUGUGUCUCGCAGAGGUGGCUGCCUUUCAGCAGUGAUGGGGAGGUGGGACGAUGCUGGGCUUGUGUCUGAAAACACACACACACACACACACACACACACACACUUUCAGAAAAUUUCUCGUUUCCUUGUAUCAAAUGCAAAGAGCCGUUUUAUCUUCUGGCAGAAAAGUUGGGAGAAAAAGGUGACGGUAGCUUCACUUCAAAAUGGAUUUAGAGAGGGGCCAAGUGCUACUAGAAAAGGAGGAGAAAUCUGUUUUGGUGAGUCUUUGGAGUUUUAUUUAUCCCAGGCAGCACCCCAUUAGUCAGAAGUGUCUGUGGUGUGAAUAGCUUUAUUAAGGAUGCCGUUACACGGGAGCAAAGGUGCUUUACAUGUUGUUGACAUUGUAUUGAAAUGUCAGCCUGUCAGCAGAAAAGCCAUUUUUCAUUACGUUUAAGGUGCGCUGGGCCCCCUCUUAAGCCCAGUUAUGCCUCCUCCUCCUCCUCAGGAGCCAGAGCCACUCUAUUAUUACUUGCUCUAACACGUUAACCACUGAGCUGCCAGGCACUUGGUGCUGUCACCAAUGAGCCAAACUCCCACGGGGGUCAGUUGGCUGGUUACUGUGGAGAGAGGGAAGAGGAAGGUGCUGCCCCAUCCUGUUUCUGUGUGCAGUUGAGGAGAGAAAUGCUUUCUGAGAAAAUACUGGGCAGCUGCUAGGUUUUAUCCUGAAUAAAGAAUGCACAUCUUUCACUGCAUGUGUAAUGUAAAUGGAAAAUAUCUUCAUGUAGCUGAGAAGGGCUCAUGGAGGGAAUGGUGAUGGUCACUACCUGAAAUUGUUGCCUUCCUCAGUUUACCAGCUCCCUUGGGAAAGUUUCUACGUUAAAUCAGCUUGUAGCCCUGGCAGAUCUGGCAAAUUGCUUUGUGAAAAGUGAAAGGAAUACCAGUAAUUCUCUUUUCUUCAGCUGGAUGUGCUAGAAGAAGCCAGGGAGUAUUCUCUUGCUUUCCUCUUAGCCUUGAAGGAAUCUGUAGCUAAAUGUGCAUGAUUAAUCAGUUUAAUUCUCACUUAGGCAGAGGGGCCUAACACCUCUUUAAGUGAGAAACCCGGAGCAGUUUUGCAGCUCUUUCACCUCUUCUUUGGAACUGCAUGGGCUACCUGCUCUUGCUGGAAUCAGGUCAGGGUGGUGGUUAUUUCUGUCUCACUGUAGUACACGGGGCCAGCACGUGUCCCUGCAAGUGUCACGAAAAGCUGUUCUUUCCAAAUCCAGCUGUUGGGUGUUUGGUCCUGUCACUGGAAACAUUUAGCAAUAAAGGUAAAAGAAGCAUGGCUUCUUCCAGUGUCUUUCACAAGGUGUAAACUGGCAAGGGAGACCAGUGAAAACUUGCGAAUUAAACAAGAUUUAGGAACCCAGCAAGCGUUCUUCUCAUUUCUUGUACCACGGGAUUGUGAUUCUGCCUUGCACCUCUUGGUUUGAUGAGGACAGGCUCAUGGAAGCAAGCGCAGGAAGCCGUUAGGACAGUUACCAGCAUAAAGCUGAACAAGGGGAAAAAGUCCUCGGGCAGUCAAUCAAACUGGUAGGUUCAGCUUCAUCUCCGAAAGCUGCGAAGAGACUCAGCUAAAUUAAUGCCAAGUGGCUGCAAUCAAUAAGUGAAUAAACCUGUAUUUCCCAGAGUGGGAGACUCGGGGGAGAAAAAAAAAAAGUGUAUUUAGAGCAGGAUUUGGAUAGGUUGUUCCUCUCACAUCCUUCCAAACAAACCAGACCAGAAAUAAACACUAAAGCCCUGCAGUACCAAAGAGAAGAACCCAAAGGAGUGUUCUAAGAUGGGUGAGAGCUGGU